AUGGUCGGCCAACGCGGCCCCGUGCCGGUGCCGCAGCACAGCGAUGCCACCCAGGUGGUUCUUGACCUGCUGCACGAGAAGCCCACGCUGCACUCGAACAAAGACCUGUCCGGCUUUUCGCAGGUCGACGUGAAAGCCGCUCUGGACCGCCUGGCCUCGCGUUCCAUGGUCACCUAUCAGACGGCCGACUCGGAGGUGGCCGUGCUCACGAAGGAGGCCCAAACCAUAGUCGACGAGGGCAGCCACGAGUGGAAGGUGUGGGACGUGGUGAAGCGGAAUGGCAGAGUUUCCAUCAAGGAUCUUCCCGGCCUGGCAGCCAACGCCGAUGUCAAGGUUGGCCAAGGCAACGCCUUCCGCAACAAGUGGAUCAAGAAGGAUGGCGACGCGCUGGUUCCGCUCGUCGACGAGGUGCAGGACGCCACGCGCGCAACCCUCCAGAAGAUUGCCGAGACUGGAUCCGCCGCCGACAAUAAGGUGCUGGCCGACUUGAGGAAGAGGAAGCUCGUUACCACCACCAAGGUUUUCACCUACACCGUCGAGAAGGGCCCCAAGUAUGCUCGUGAGCUGCCUGUCGAGCACACUGACUUGACUGCCGACAUGCUUCUUGAUGGCUCAUGGCAGACCGCAACCUUCAAGCCUUACAACUUCAACGCUCUUGGCGCUCCUCAGAACGCCGGCGCAUUACAUCCCUUGAUGAAGGUGCGCGCUGAGUUCAGAAACAUCUUCUUCAACCAGGGCUUCGUCGAGAUGCCCACCUCUCGCUUCGUCGACUCGGGCUUCUGGAACUUCGAUGCCCUUUUCGUCCCUCAGCAGCAUCCUGCCCGUGAUAUGCAGGACACUUUCUUCAUUUCUGACCCCGCAUCUGCCGACCCUCCUCGCGAUGACCCUGUGGCGGAGCAGCAGAUGAACGAGAUGGAAGAGGGUGGCCGCCACCUCUACGCGACGGCUGACUCGGAGAAGAAGAUCAAGCCGCGCGACUACGAAAAGUACUGGAACGACAUCAAGGCCGUGCACCAGGACGGUGCCUUCGGCUCUGUGGGCUACCGCUACCCCUGGUCCAAGGACGAGUGCCUGAAGCUUGUCCUCCGCACGCACACGACGGCCAUUUCGACGUGGGUGCUGCACAGGCUGGCCGAGGACCCACGCCCCGCACGCUACUUCUCCAUCGAUCGUGUCUUCCGGAACGAAUCCGUCGAUGCCACCCACUUGGCCGAGUUCCACCAGAUCGAGGGUGUCAUCGCCGACUUCGGCCUGACGCUUGGCGGUCUGCAGAAGUUCCUCGAGACUUUCUUCGCGCAGAUUGGUAUCACCGGUCUGCGCUUCAAGCCUGCCUACAACCCCUACACAGAGCCGUCGAUGGAAAUCUUUGGCUACCACCAAGGCCUCGGCAAGUGGGUCGAGAUUGGCAACUCGGGUAUGUUCAGGCCUGAAAUGUUGUUGCCCAUGGGCUUGCCCGAGGAUCUCCGCGUCUAUGGUUUUGGUCUGAGCCUGGAGCGUCCUACCAUGAUCAAGUAUGGUGUCAGCAACAUCCGAGAUUUGCUCGGCCACAAGGUCGAUCUGAACUUCAUUGAGAGCAAUGCUGCGGUACGUCUGGACAAGAACUAG